CAAAGCAAAUAAGUUUGUUAUUGUGUGUGGCUUACAUUUAAAUGAAUUCCAAUUGGAUGCUACAAUGGAACCAGAGCCCGAAGGCAGCAUUUCCUUUGCUGACUUUGAUUAUGGACAGCAAGCAAAGUCAGCCAGCGAUAUGUCCAUAGGAAUUAGUGAGAACUUGUUUGCUGCCGAUCAGACGCCCACGCCAACGCGUUUGAUUAAGAACUGCGAUGAGGUGGGGCUGUUCGAGGAUCUGCAGCAUGUGAAUCCAUUUGAUAUUGGAUUUCAGCGUGCGGCGGAGCAAAAUGCUAAGAAGCUGCCAGCGGCGGAGACAGCAGCAGCAGGAACAGCUGAGACUGAUUCGCUGCAUACGCCACAGGUUUAUGCACUGGAGGGAAGUGCAGCAACAGAUGCGCCAAUGGCUGAGCCUGUGCCCAAUGUGGAGGAGCUGCUGAGAACGCACACAACUGUAGCAGCUGCUGCUGCGCCGCCGCCAACGCCAGUGCAAUUAAUACAAGUGCAACCGCAACUAAUGACUUGGAUACCUGUGCAAAAAAAGAAAGAGCUGCCGGCACAAACAGUGCGUCCAUACAUACUGCCCAAGCCAAGCAGCGCAAGCUUAACGCCCACAUCACAGCUGCCCAUCAAGGAGCGACUCAAGGCCAUACUAAACAACAGCAACAACAACAACAGCAAAAGGCGCAGCUUUGCUGCAACUGCAGCCAAACCCAAGACUGCUCCCAGUCGCAGCGAGGACAGCAUCCAACGUCAUCGCGCUGCAGCUUCGCGUUAUCGCGAGAAAAUGCGUGGAGAGCAUAAAAACAUGCGCGAGCAGAAUGCGCAACUGCAGCAGCAGAUACGUGAGCUGCGCGAGCGUGUGGCCACAUUGGAGCGUGAGCUGCUGCAGCACACCAACAAUGCCGCUGACAAUCAAAUUCAAAUCCCACCCUCUACCAUUCAUCUGGUAAUCAAUGUGCCUAAAAUGAUUGUGCCUACGCCGAUAUCCAAGCAAAGCAAGGAUAUAAAAAAGUGACUAUUAGUAGUUAGUGUAAGAAUUUAAGUUGGCCAUAUAUGUAAUACAAACAUAGCUAUAGUUUAAAUAUUAUAUUAUCUACAAUUAAGUUAUGCUUCAAAUAAGAACAUUUGAUGUAUAAGAUUCAAUAUAAACAAGCACGUAGACACGUAGCUUCAAUGCUUUGAGCACAACCACGUGACUUUGUCUGCUAAGCCAAUCUGCUUAUCGUUUCUGCCUGCGUAGAGACGUUGACAGCGCUGCUCGCUCGCUCUGCGCUGUAAGCAGCUGCGACUCAUCAAGAGCGUCGCUGCUUUGCUGCUGUUUUAAUUAGAGCUAGAAACUGAUCAUGGGAGCUAGACUGCCUACGAGCAUCUACCAUAUUUAUGCC